UCCCUCCCAUACAAACGUCACUUCCGCUCAUCUUUUUUUUCUUCAUGACGUCACUUCCGCUCGUCGCACAAGAUGGCGGCGGUCACAAUGUGGUGUUUGCGGUUGGGCCGCGCUCCGUGGGCCUCGGGCCCGGUUCGGCUUUACCGAGCGGCUCCUCUACGGCUCCGCUUCGGGCCUCCGCCCCUCACCGACCCUGAGAAUCAACGCGAGGCGGCGAAGCAUUUCGGGCGGCUCGGGGCGGCCUCGGGAGUGGCGGUGGAGCGGCUGUGGCCCAGCCCCGAACGGUUGCGGGAGAUGGAGGAGGAGGAACGGGAGUGGUGCCCGUCACUGCAGGAGAUGGAGGCGGCGCUGGAGCGGAAGGAGCGGGAAGAGCGGCGGCUGCGGGAGGAGAGGGAGCAGUUGGUGGCACGCAGCCUGGCAGCCAUGCCUGCACGCAUUGCAGCGUGGCGGCUGGAAAAGGAGCAGAUGAGGGAGCGGAGCCGGCAGGAUGCGGCCCGGCGGCAGCGGCUGCUGGCAGAAGCUGCAGAACGUCUGGGGACCCCGGCCCGGCCCGGUGAUCCCCGGGUUCAGGCAUUGAUGCAAGACUUAGAACGGGAACGGCGACGCCAGGAGAAAAAGCAACGGAGGCAACAGCACGAGGAAGCAACCCGCAGUGCUUUGGCUGCUGCUGAGGCUGCUGCUGCAUCACAACCCCCCCCUGGGGUUCCUGAGAACCCCCAGUAAAGCCACCACCCUAAAACAAAGGUGGGAUAUGGUUUGCUCACCUAAAACUCUAGAAAGGGACUCGUGUAUUCAGCAUGAACUGCUCUGACACGGCCCCUCUACCCAUUCCCCCCCCUCCCCCCAGGAAACACACACUAAAACCACAAUGGGUUUAAAAUUCUGCAUUUAAUCUCUUCCCAAGCUGGGUUUGUCCCAUGGUUCUGCCCUCCCAAGUGAGGAGGAACAGGGAGGAAAAAGGAGGGUCAGGGAACAGGGAUGGGGCCACCCAGAGCACACCCGGCCUGAAAGGCAGCAGGCAGGAUCUGGGGGUGCACAGCCAUCACUGCCCCUCUCUCUGGGGGUGAGGA